AUGGCGACACCGAGCAGGAAAACGUCCACUCAAAGCCCCCAGGCCUCCAAGAGAGCUCUCAUGAGUGAUCCCUCGUCGGAAGUCCCGAGCAAGAAAAAGAGUUCGGUUCCACCGGCUGCGCCACCGCCACUGCCGUCUUCCGGGCCUUUCGUGGAAGGCUCUAUAGUCCGCAUCGCGAUGGAGAACUUCCUGACAUAUGAUGUCUGUGAAGUAUCUCCUGGGCCCCACUUGAAUAUGAUUAUUGGAGCUAAUGGAACAGGGAAGUCCAGCAUUGUGUGUGCCAUUUGCCUUGGAUUAGCAGGCAAACCUGCUUUCAUGGGACGGGCAGAUAAGGUUGGCUUUUUUGUGAAGAGAGGAUGUUCCAAAGGCAUGGUUGAAAUUGAAUUGUUCAGGACUUCUGGAAAUCUUGUAAUCACUCGCGAGAUUGAUGUGGCAAAAAAUCAGUCCCUUUGGUUCAUCAACAAAAAAUCUGCAAACCAAAAAAUAGUAGAAGAGCAAGUUGCAGCCUUAAAUAUUCAAGUGGGCAAUCUUUGCCAGUUUCUACCUCAGGAUAAAGUUGGAGAGUUUGCUAAACUCAGUAAAAUUGAACUCCUUGAAGCUACCGAGAAGUCAAUUGGUCCUCCAGAAAUGCACAAAUACCACUGUGAACUGAAAAACUUCAGGGAGAAAGAAAAACAACUAGAGACCUCAUGCAAACAGAAAACUGAAUGUCUAGAGAAAAUGAUUCAGAGGAAUGAAAGAUAUAAACAAGAUGUGGACAGGUUCUAUGAACGUAAGCGACAUUUAGAUUUGAUUGAGAUGCUUGAAGCAAAAAGGCCAUGGGUGGAAUAUGAAAAUGUUCGUCAGGAAUAUGAAGAAGUAAAACUAGCUCGGGACCAAGCAAAGGAAGAGGUCAGAAAACUUAAAGAAAGUCAGAUUCCUAUAACAGAACGCAUUGAAGAAAUGGAAAGGCAGCGUCACAUUUUGGAGGCUCGAAUCAAAGAGAAGGCAUCAGCUAUUACGGAGACAUCUCAAAAAUGCAAACAUAAGCAAGAUGUUAUAGAAAGAAAAGAUAAACAAAUUGAGGAGCUUCAGCAGGCUUUAACAGUAAAACAAAAUGAAGAGCAUGACCGACAGAGGAGAAUAAGUAACACCCGCAAAAUGAUAGAAGAUUUGCAGAAUGAGCUGAAGACCACAGAAAGCUGUGAGAACCUCCAACCCCAAAUUGAUGCCGUUACAAAUGAUCUGAGACGAGUCCAAGAUGAGAAGGCACUAUGCGAAAGCGAGAUGAUUGAUAAGCGAAGAGAGAGGGAAACUCUAGAGAAGGAGAAGAGGAGUGUAGAUGAUCACAUUAUACGUUUUGACAAUCUUAUGAAUCAAAAAGAAGAUAAACUGAGACAGAGAUAUCGUGAUACCUAUGAUGCUGUUCUGUGGCUAAGAAAUAACAGAGACAAAUUUAAGCAAAGAGUCUGUGAGCCCAUAAUGCUCACGAUAAAUAUGAAAGAUAAUAAAAAUGCCAAAUACAUUGAAAAUCAUAUUCCAUCAAAUGACCUGAGGGCUUUUGUGUUUGAAAAUCAAGAAGAUAUGGAGGUUUUCCUCAAAGAGGUUCGUGACAAUAAAAAAUUAAGAGUAAAUGCUGUUAUUGCUCCUAAGAAUUCAUAUGCAGACAAAGCGCCUUCAAGAUCUUUGAAUGACCUGAAACAAUAUGGAUUUUUCUCUUAUUUGCGAGAGUUGUUUGAUGCCCCUGACCCUGUCAUGAGUUAUCUUUGCUGCCAGUAUCACAUUCAUGAAGUUCCUGUAGGAACUGAAAGAACCAGAGAAAAAAUUGAACGGGUAAUACAGGAAACCCGAUUAAAACAAAUUUAUACAGCAGAAGAAAAGUAUGUGGUGAAAACUUCUUUUUAUUCAAACAAAGUCAUUUCAAGUAACACAUCCCUAAAAGUAGCUCAGUUUCUCACAGUCACCGUGGAUCUAGAGCAAAGACGACACUUAGAAGAACAGCUGAAGGAAAUUAAUAGAAAAUUGCAAGCAGUAGAAUCAGGAUUGUUUGCCUUACAUGAGACAAACAAGCAUCUGGAACACAAAGAUAAUGAACUUAGACAAAAGAAGAAGGAGCUUCUUGAAAGGAAAACCAAGAAAAGACAACUGGAACAAAAAAUUAGUUCCAAACUAGGAAGUUUAAAGCUGAUGGAACAGGAUACUUGCAAUCUUGAAGAGGAAGAACGAAAAGCAAGUACCAAAAUCAAAGAAAUAAAUGUUCAAAAAGCAAAACUUGUUACUGAAUUAACAAACUUGAUAAAGAAUUGUACUGCUUUACAUAUACAAAAAGUAGAUUUAAUUCUUCAAAAUACUACAGUGAUCUCUGAGAAGAACAAAUUGGAAUCAGAUUAUAUAGCAACAUCAUCACAGCUACGUAUCACAGAGCAACAUUUCAUUGAGUUGGAUGAAAAUAGACAGAGAUUAUUGCAGAAAUGCAAGGAACUUAUGAAGAGAGCCAGGCAAGUAUGUAACCUGGGUGCAGAGCAGACUGUUCCUCAAGAAUAUCAGACACAAGUACCCACCAUUCCAAAUGGACACAACUCCUCACCCCCCAUGGCUUUCCAAGAUCUUCCGAACACCUUGGAUGAAAUUGAUGCUUUAUUAACUGAGGAAAGAUCAAGAGCAUCUUGCUUCACAGGACUCAAUCCUACAGUUGUUGAGGAAUACACGAAAAGAGAAGAAGAAAUAGAGCAAUUAACUGAGGAACUAAAGAUAAAGAAAGUUGAACUGGAUAAAUAUAGAGAAAACAUUUCACAGGUAAAAGAAAGGUGGCUUAAUCCUUUAAAAGAGCUGGUAGAAAAAAUUAAUGAAAAAUUUAGCUAUUUUUUUAGUUCUAUGCAGUGUGCUGGUGAAGUUGACCUCCAUACAGAAAAUGAGGAAGACUAUGAUAAAUAUGGAAUUCGAAUUAGAGUUAAAUUUCGCAGUAGUACUCAACUGCAUGAAUUAACUCCUCAUCAUCAAAGUGGGGGUGAAAGAAGUGUUUCUACUAUGUUAUACUUGAUGGCACUUCAGGAGCUUAAUAGAUGUCCAUUUCGAGUAGUUGAUGAAAUCAAUCAGGGAAUGGACCCAAUUAAUGAACGAAGAGUGUUUGAAAUGGUUGUAAAUACUGCUUGUAAAGAAAACACAUCUCAGUAUUUCUUUAUUACACCAAAGCUCCUUCAAAAUCUUCCUUAUUCUGAAAAGAUGACAGUAUUGUUUGUCUACAAUGGUCCUCAUAUGCUGGAACCAAACAGAUGGAAUUUAAAGGCUUUCCAAAGGCGGCGGCGCCGUAUUACAUUCACUCAGCCUUCUCAGUGAAAGUGAAGGGCAGGAACUUUGGGACUUUUCUGUUAAAUCCUAUAUGUAACUGUGGCUCAACUGAAUAAAAGUUAGAUUCAUUAAGACUAAAGGAUCAGUUACUUUUGAAACCUGCUAUUAGAUACAAAUGGGUUGAUGAAGAGAGACCAUAAUAACUUCUUUCUGUGGAACAUCAUCUGAUAGUAAAAUUUAAAUACUGUGUCCUUAGCACUCUGACAGUGACUGGGUUCCCACUUUUACAGUAUUUGCUACUCAAAUCAGAACUACAGUGGAAGGGAUUAUCAGUUACAAGAAGUUUAGUUGAUAUGGGAACCCUGAGCUUUACU